AUGCCUCGGCUCCUCGGGAAAGCUGGGCUCCUUCUCGGCUUUGUCCUGCUCACGCUGCUGCUCCCCGCCGGGAGGGGGCUGCCCCUGAGAAAGCUCCGAGGACCCGAAUCCGGCCCCCCGGGGCCCCGGGACAGGAGCCACUCCAAGCCAGCAGAGGUUUCUACCUCACCUGAUGCCAUGUUACCCCAGGAGGAGAAAGUGCCAUUGUCCUCCCAGACCAGAAACCAAGCUGGACUACGACGUCAUAAGCGUCGUAGCAUGUCCCAGCCAGUGACCCCAACCCAUCAAGUCCCGAAGGAUGGUGAACCCUCUACUACCCAGGAAGCUUCUCCCUUCCUAUUGGAACUGCAGAGCCUUCCAGGAUUGGCUGACGUAGAUCUCAGUGCCCAAAACCCCAACAUCCAGGUGACCAUUGAGGUGGUAGAUGACCUGCAGGCUGAAAUGGAGAUGGACUUGUUGACAGAAACUAGUGAUUACUGGUCCUUGGGCUCCCCCAGCUGGCUCCCUGCCAAAGAACUCUUCUGGCCUCUGUUCUGGGGCUAUACGGAAGGUGAGGAGGGAGGAUCUGGGCCCCAGCCAGAGGGAAAAGCCCUCAAAGAGGAAGAGGGAAAGGAGGACAGUGAGGAAGACUAUGCAACACAAUAUGAGGAGGAAGAAGAGGAAGAGGAAGAGCCCAUGCUGAGUGGAGUGGGAAGCAAUUGGAAUCAGAGGUGGCCAACACCCAAGACCUGGGAUUUCAUGGAGAAAUAUAACUAUGAUUAUGAGGUGGAAGCAGAAUGGAGUCCCUGGUCCUCUUGCAGCGUGACCUGCAGCAGCGGUACCCAGAAGAGGACCCGCUCCUGUGGCUAUGCCUGCACAGCCACAGAAUCUCGAAUGUGUGAAUUGCCUCAGUGCCCUGGAACAGAAAGUAAGACAGGCUUUCCCAGUGAGGAUUGGCUGCCUGAAGUCCACAACGACACCCAAAUGCUUGGCUCAGAGGUGGACAGCUGUGAGAAGUGGCUAAACUGCAAGAGUGACUUCUUGGCUAAAUACAUGAGUAAGGUGCUGACAGAUCUGCCCAGCUGCCCCUGUGCCUAUCCUCUGGAGGCCGUGUACAGUGCUGUGAGCCUUCCAGAUGAGCAGCAAGGCAGAAGCUUUCGCUGGAGGGAUGCAAGUGGCCCCAAGGAGCGCCUGGAUGUUUAUCAGCCAACUGCCCGCUUCUGCCUGCGCUCCCUCCUCUCUUUGGACAGUACCACGCUGGCUGCCCAGCACUGCUGCUAUGAUGAGGGCAGUCGGCUGCUGACUCGUGGUAAGGGGGCUGGCGCACCUGACCUCAUCAGCACUGACUUCUCCCCAGAGCUGCACUUCAAGGUGGACACACUGCCUUGGAUCCUGUGCAAAGGUGACUGGAGCCGCUACCACACAGCACGACCCCCAAACAAUGGGCGGGCCUGUGCUGACAACCCACCUGAGGAAGAAUACUUGGCCCAGUUGCAGGAGGCCAAAGAGUAUUAACCAAAGGGUCAGGGAGGCCCAAAACAUGGAGGAUGGAUGGAGGCUUGACUUUGGCUUUGGUGGCUGGGCCAGAGGCCAUGGGGUCCUGUUGGCUGCUCCCUAGGAAUAUCUGGAAAAGGGUAGGGUAAGAACACCUCACAGUUGGGGUAUCUAUGCCAAGCUGCUCGAUGGGGGAGGGUUUUUCUGGGCAUCUCUGACCUUGCAUGAUUUCUCCCCAUUUAGUGGAAUGAGAAGUCUCCCUGAAAGAGGGACUUCUCAGUUUAUUGGCUUCACCUGUCACUUUCUUGUUUGGAAUGUGGAAGGUGAAGAAAGAGUGAGUGAGUGAGUGAGUGUGUGUGUAUGUGUGUGUGUGUGAGAGAGAGAGAGAGGGAGAGACAGAGACAAGAGACAGAGACAGAGACAAAUAGAGUGAGUGAAAGGUUGGUCUUAGAUCAGCACAUCCUUGGGUUCUGGGUGGAGAAAAGAGGGGCAUGUCAUUCAAAAAGCUCUUAAUAGCCCCAUGGAUUCAGCUCUCCUAUCCCCCAACCUCUCUCUCUUGCCCUCCUGCAAGGAAACUUGUUUUCCUCUCAUCCCCAGGUUCCUGUGUCCUCAUCAUAUUGGUAUGGACACAAGUUUUGGCAUAGCCAUCCAACCAGACUCCAGUUUCUUGGGGAGAAGGGUUGGGAACUUAAGUCUUGCUUAAUGGAUCUUAGGAGUGGCUUAGUUGAAUUGGAGAUAAGCACCUUCAUCUCCACUGACUCUCUGAGAAUCUGGGGAAUGAUUAAGGGUUAGUUGAGGACUAGUGACAGGAGGACCCAGUCACUCAGAUUUCUCCAAUUCCAUGUCUUCCCUACCUCCUUUCCGAGGGGUCUGAGCAAAUAGAGCAGGUGAACAUUAUUGCCACUGCCAGACAUCUCUGGGACAGUUACUUUGGCUUCAGCCAGUUCUGUAAAGGGGCACAUACCUCAUUCACUCUCCCCACCCCUUCCCCAAGAGUCUGGCUGAGUACCUCAAUGCCACCACCCUCCUAUUUUCCCCAUAAGGUAAUACACUUCUGUUGUUUGGGGGUAAUGUUGUGUAGGCAUCUGGACAGGGAGAGUAAUGCAAGAUGCCAGGCAUCUUCAGCCCACAGAGUGCUUGGGAUAGAUUCAUGAACUGUCCACUUGUGUCAAUAGUUCCUUAGUCUGCAUCAAAGCAAUCCCACAAAGGCAUUAAGGUCUGAAGCAGGUGUAUGACCUGGAUGUGUUGUAAGGAGGAAAGGUGGUAAGAACUGGAUUGGUUGGAUUAGGGCUAGGGGAAUGGUAUCCAACCAGGGAAGAGGAGAAGGGGAUGUUCAUGCUGAUCCCAACCCUUGCUCUCUAUCCUAUGGAUAUUUUGCUCCCAGUUCCAUUCCCACAAUGGGAAUGUGAAGGCCUGAGUGAAGAUGUGAUUGGAUGUCAGAAUAGGGCAGGAUUGAAGAAGGGUGGUUCUUAUAGCUACAAAAUCUGGGAUAGGGCUUUGGUUUACUUAGAAUGGUGUGCAAAUCUCUACUCCAUAUGUAUUCCCCUCCCAACACCUAAAAGCCCCUCAUUUCCUGUUGUCUUACUCCAGCUCUCUGCGGCCCCUCUUUUCCAUCCUGGGUUGCAAUGUCAUGUAGCUUCUCUCUGUGAGGGGUUAACUUGCUUUAGUCCCAGCUGUUACUUGUUACCAAGUUCUUUGGAGUGUAGGAAAGAGGAUAAAGGAGACUGAAUG